CAUAAUUAUAAUGUAAUUACUAAACACCUAAAAAACCAAUGUGUGUAAUUAAAAGAGAGUAUAACUACUAACUUGAUUCAAAUCAUUCUUUAGUUAAUUCAGUAAAAGAAAUGAAGGAAUUCGGUCAGAUUGUAAUCAGACGGUUUCUGAUGUGUCGGAAGGUGAAAUAGGGAGGAGGGAGUGAGUGAAAACCUUUUUGGACUUUUUUUAUUUUAUUUUUAUUCUUUUUCUUUUGGAGAUUUUGAUUCCGUUUUAAUGGCGGUCGGUUCGGUUAGGUUUUUUUCUUUCUUUUUAUUUUUGGUUUCAUGUUUUUGUUUGAUUAAAGAAAUGAAAAGCUUCAUUAUCACGCUUGUAAAGCUUCAGUUGCAGUUCUGUCUUUAUAUUUGAUUUUGACAUUAUUUAUUUGGUUUUUGAACUUUUUUUAUGAAAAGGUUUCAUGAUUAAUUGAGAGGCUUCUGGUUAAAGCAAAGCGGCUCUUUCAUAGAAAUUGAUGAUUGAUUGAGAGAGAGUGAGCGAAUUCUUUUAGCAAAAUCAUGGCGGAAGUGAGAGGAGCAAACACGUGGCGGGAGGAACUGGCGAGUUUAGUGGAAGACACGGGGAUACUAUACACCGGGGAAGCGGCCACUUUCUCGUCGUUACCGCCAUUUAAUCCGGAAAAAUCGACGGCGAUGGCGGCGGCGGUUUCUGAGACUGAUCAUGAGACGGUACCGCCUGAGACUUUGAAGGAACAAGUGACGGAAUUUUUGAAAUCGUGGUGCGAGAUGGUUCUUGAGCUUGGAAGAGGAUGUAGAGAUAUUUUGCAGCAAACGGUAGUUACGGAAGAUUCGUUUGUAGUACAGAAGCUUGGUGGACCUGUCGCUAGGGUCUCCAGUCGAUUGAGGUUCUUGAAUGAGUUCUUGCCUGAGGAUCGUGAUCCAGUUCAUGCUUGGCCUGUUAUCUUCUUCGUUUUCAUCCUUGCACUUUCAGCUCUAAAUUUGAAUGGACAUGAUGGAUUGGCACCAGCAGUGAAGAAAGUGCUUGUUCAUCCUCCUAGCGCCAGCCGAAUCCAGCUUCCAGAUGGUAGACACUUGGCUUAUCGUGAAAUAGGUGUUCCAGCGGAUAAAGCUAGAUUUUCUCUCAUGGCGCCACACUCUUUUCUUUCAUCCCGACUUGCAGGUAUACCUGGAGUUAAGAUACCACUGCUGGAAGAGUUUGGCGUUCGUUUGGUCAGUUAUGAUCUUCCUGGUUUUGGGGAGAGUGAUCCUCAUCCUAGUCGAAAUUUAAAUUCAUCAGCAUUUGAUAUGCUACAUCUAGCUGAUGCUGUUGGGGUCAAUGAUACGUUCUGGGUGUUGGGCUACUCAGGUGGAAGCAUCCAUGCUUGGGCUGCUCUUAGAUAUGUUCCUCACAGAAUUGCAGGUGCAGCAGUGGUUGCUCCAAUGAUCAAUCCGUAUGAACCUAGCAUGACUAAGGAAGAAAUGAGAAGUAUUUGGGGAGAGUCAUUACCAAGAAGGAAGCUAAUGUACUACUUAGCUAGAAGAUUGCCAAAACUGCUGUCCUUUUUUUACCGCCGGAGUUUCCUAUCAGGCAAGCAUGGUCGAAUUGAAAAGUUGAUGUCUGUGUCACUUGGAAGGAGGGAUGAGAUUCUGACUGAAGGAGCAAACUUUGAAGACUUCUGGCAUAGAGAUGUGGAGGAGUCAGUCCGUCAGGGGAAUACCAAACCAUUCAUUGAGGAAGCUAUCCUGCAGGUUUCCAAUUGGGGUUUUAGUUUGGCAGAUCUUCAGGUGCAGAGGAAGUGUUACAGAAAUGGAAUUUUUCCUUGGCUCAAGUCCCUGUACAGUCAAGCGGAAUGUGAAUUGGCAGGAUUUCUUGGACCAAUACAUAUAUGGCAGGGGAUGGAUGAUCAAGCUAUUCCACAAGGAAUGAUAGAUCACAUAAGCCGGGUUCUACCAGGAGCCACCAUGCAUAAGCUCCCAAAUGAAGGCCAUUUUUCCUUUUUCUUUUUCUGUGACGAGUGUCAUCGACAGAUAUUCUCUACUCUGUUUGGAAGCCCUCAAGGUCCUCUUGAGCAGGCAACGGAUGGAGGUGAAAUCCUCUCCGAAGGAGAUAUGGAACAACAAUCAUUAGCUACUGAUUCUACCAACAAAUGAUACACCACCAUAGAUUUACACAUUUUGAUUAUGCUAUCCCAAUUUUUGUGUAAAUAAACCACAUAUUGCUCCUCAUAGCUCGCGGGAGAACAUUUAGAUGUUUGAAAAUUUUCUGUUACAACUUACAAGUACUUGAGAGGUAAAGCUAAAAGAAAACGUACAAUAGAGAUGAGUUAUACAGGCAAGGAAGCACUGAUUUUAGCGAUUUACCUUACACAACAAUAGAAUCAAUGAGUAUUAACUAUGAACAAUUCUUUUUGGUAUUUACCUAUUUAUAUACUUGAAAUAGUUGACAGCAUUUUGUUGCCAGAAAGGUUGGUUAUGGUUAUGCUAUGAUUCAGCUUGGGGCAAAACAAUUUUCUUCUUGUACUGAUAUGUUUCAGAAUAAUUGCUGGAGGAGACGGGUGCCUGCACGUGCACAACCGUGGUGGUUCCAGUGGCCUGAUCAUGUGAUCUUUUUGCAUGUGCAACUGAGUUGGGUGGUUGUGCGUGCUUUUUGUACAGGGAACCUGUCCACUCCUGGAAAGGGAACUGACAGACGGAAAUUUUGUGCUGGCCUUGGUGGUUAGUCCAACAUAAUCAACAAGAAAGAGUGAUGAUUCCAUGUUCAAAAUGUUGGGAUUAUCAAGGGCUUUCUUCCCUGGUUUGUAUAUCAAAAUGGUGUAAAAAGGGCGAGACAAUAGUUUCAAGGAAAUACUUAUGUCUGCAAAUUACCUCAUUUAAUUAUUAAGCUGCGUUAACUAGUUGAAUUUAAAUAUUUUAAUACUUAAUUUCAAA